AUGGCUUCCACAGGCGGCCUCUUCGGCGGAGCCCAGCAGAAAACGGGUUCUAGCCUGUUUGGAUCCUCAACUGCUGCUGCAACUGCUCAGCCGGGCACUGGAGGAGGUCUCUUCGGCGGCGGCGCCGCGACCGCCCCCCAACAGAGCCAGCAAGGCACGGGUGGUGGACUGUUUGGGAGCACAGCACAGCAGACACAACCGGCGCAGUCGACCGGAGGUGGUCUCUUUGGUACUGCCGCAAACCAGCCACAACAACAGAGCGGAGGCCUCUUCGGACAGUCGACGCAACAGCAGCAGCCGCAACAACAGCAGACCCAGCCCAGUGGAGGCCUUUUUGGGUCCUCCACGGCCACAGCUCAGCCAGCGACCGGAGGCGGCCUGUUUGGACAGUCGCAGGCCUCGCAGGCCAAGCCAUCGGGAGGUCUUUUCGGCCAAAGCCAGGCAGCGCAAUCUCAACCCACCAGCAGUGUCCCUGCUGUCCAGAUCAACUACGACAACCUUCGACCACGAACGAGAUUCGAUGACCUAGCCCAGCCUGUGCAGGAUGAAAUUGCUCUCAUCGAUAAGGGAAUACAACGGGUAAUCAAGAUGAAGGAUGAAAUCGGCGAGUUCAUGCCUCAGCAUGAGCGGGACAUUGAGCAGCUGGGACGGGAUGUCAAGUUCGUCGAGUCGAAAUUCCGGACCGUUCAGGUCGCCCUGAACCGGGAUAUCCAGACAGUCAAGGUGCUUCAGGACAUGACGAAGAAGAACAUUACCGAUGCGCAGCUGUCGUUUAAGGCGACGGAUAACCUCAAACUACCCACUCACUACCACCAGACCGGCCUUUUCGCGGGGCCUACGCCAUCAGCCGAUUCCAACCCUGCGAAUGCCUCAUCGGCACACGCCAGCGCCCAAGACCUCAUCACCUACUUCAACCGGAUUUGCGACGAUGUCGAAAAGUACAAGAAGCGCCUGGACGAAUACCGCGCUGAAAUCGAGCGCGACAUGCCUGGCGUCGAAAACGGGCUGUACGAGCAGAUUCGCUCCCUUAAGGACCGACACGCAGCAACUGGCGGAGGUGUACAGGAUCAACUCACCCAAGUGCUUUCGGCGCUCCGGGAAACAGGCAACGCGAUCGUCACACAGGCUGGCCAGAUAGCCGACACGAGAGAGCGGCUGUCGCGGCUACAAGCCGGCAUCGUGGACAGCGGCGUGUAUGCGUUGGGAACCCACGCGUGA